GCGGCGGAGGGAGGCCGGGGGGGGGGAGGGGGGUUCGGGCGGAGCGGGGGGGGCCCGGCCGCGCCAUGUGGUUUCUGUACGCGCUCAGCUGGCUGUCCCUGCUGCUGCAGGUCGCCUUCGUCACUCUGGCCAUCGCCGCCGGCCUCUACUACCUGGCAGAGCUGGUGGAGGAAUACACGGUUGUGACCAGGAGGGUCAUCAAAUACAUGAUCUGGGUGAGUGGGGGCCCGGCGCCCGCGGGGGUGGGACGUGGGGCUGCCGUGUGGGGUGGUACUGCUGUGCCCCUCCUGGGGGGGGCUGGGACAUGGGGUGGCACUGCUGUCACAUAUCUGGGGGGGGCUGGGACAUGGGGUGGCACGGCUGUGCCCUUCUGGGGGCUGAGAUGUGGGGUGACACUGCUGUCCUACAUCUGGGGGGGGCUGAGAUGUGGGUUGGCACUGCUGUGGCCCUUAUGGGGGGGCUGGGACAUGAGGGGACAUUGUGGGGACGGGGGGCAUUUAGGGGACAUUGGAGGGAUAGGGGGACAUGGGGGGGAUGUCGGGGGGACCCCCACCCUACGGGGCACCCGUGGGGACGGCAGGGGACGCGCUGGGGGCCGACAGUGCGGUGCGUUCCUCGCAGCGCUGGUCAUCCUGAACCACUACCUGGCGUUCCAGUUCUUCGCCGAGGAGUAUUACCUGUUCUCCGAGGUCCUGGCCUACUUCACCUUCUGCCUGUGGCUCAUCCCCUUCGCCUUCUUCGUCUCCUUGUCGGCCGGGGAGAACGUGCUGCCCUCCACCGUGCAGCCUGGGGACGUGCUGUCCAACUACUUCACACAAGGCAAACGCUCCCAGCGCUCCGGGCUGCUGCUGGUUUUCUCGCUGCUGCGCGACGCGGUGCUGCCGCGCCGACAGAAGAUUUACUGACCCCCCCCCGCCCCCCCCGGACCCCCGGCGCGCCCCCAGGCCCACGCGUGGGGAGCUCUGGAUGUGCGGGGUGAGGGGCUGCGCCCCCCGGCCCCGGCAGGACUGUGAUUUAUGGGGCGGGGGGUGAGGAUGGUCGGCCGCCCCACAGCGCUGCACCCCCCCCACCCCCAGACCCCCCAACCCCACUGGGUGCUGGGGUGAGAUUUGUGCAGAACUGUUGGUUAAUUAAACUUAAUUCUAAUUACUAA